AAUCACUAAAAAGAUUUAAAAAGCACCUCAUCAAAUCUGCCUUGAACACGAACUUACAGUUCACAACUGGCUCCAUUAUCAUAAUCAAACCCCUAUAAAAUUAAGAAUUCGGAACAGAGACUCACGGUCAAGCCAGCUCCUAUUCACCUACUGGAUCCUCUCACUCCCACAUCCCAAUCUCUUCAAUUCUCCCUCAAAAAUGAGCUGGUGGUGGGCUGGAGCAAUCGGUGCUGCCAGGAAGAAAUUCGAUGAAGAUGAAGCCCCGCGAAGCUUUCAAAACGUGGGAUUAGUGAUCGAUGUUACAGGCAUAGUUGGUAACAGCUUGGCUGAAAUAUUACCACUCUUAGACACCCCAGGUGGGCCAUGGAAAGCCUAUGGUGUGGCACGUCGUCCACGACCAAACUGGAAUUCGGACCAUCCUGUCGAGUAUAUUCAGUGUGAUAUCUCCGAUCCUCAAGAAACUCAAACCAAACUUUCCCAACUCACCGAUGUCACACAUAUUUUCUAUGUCACAUGGGCCAACAAAUCCACCGAGGCUGAGAAUUGUGAAACCAACGGUGCCAUGUUCCGAAAUGUCCUACGUGCGGUGAUCCCCCAUGCGCCAAAUCUCAAUCACGUCACUCUCCAGACAGGUACUAAACACUACCUUGGAGACUUCGGGACUGCUGGAAAAAUGAGGUUCGCAAACGAUCAGCCUUUUACAGAGGACUUGUCGAGAGUGGAAGUACCUAACUUCUAUUACACUCUUGAGGAUGUUAUGUUCGAGGAAUCCGAGAAAAAAGAGGGACUCACUUGGUCAGUUCAUAGACCCAACGUGAUUUUUGGGUUUUCACCUUAUAGUUUGAUGAAUAUAAUUGGGACACUUUGUGUUUACGCUGCUAUAUGUAAGCACGAGGGGGUUGCUUUGAAAUUCCCUGGUGUGAAAGCUGCUUGGGAGUGUUAUUCUGUGGCUGCUGAUGCUGAUCUUAUUGCUGAGCAACAUAUUUGGGCUGUGGUGGAUCCUAAUGCGAAGAAUGAAGCCUUUAAUUGUAACAAUGGAGAUUUGUUUAAGUGGAAGCAUCUUUGGAAGGUGUUGGCCGAGCAAUUUGGGAUUGAGGAGUAUGGAUUUGAGGAGGGUGAGAGAGUGAGCUUGGUGGAGUUGAUGAAGGACAAGGGUCCAGUGUGGGAUGAGAUUGUAAAGGAGAAUCAGUUGCAACCCACAAAGUUGGAGGAGGUUGGGAUUUGGUGGUUUGCAGAUUUUACUUUGGGAAAUGAAGGUUCGAUGGAUAGUAUGAAUAAGUGUAAGGAGCAUGGGUUUUUGGGGUUCAGGAACUCCAAGAACUCAUUCAUUUCCUGGAUAGAUAAGGUGAAAGGCUACAAGAUUGUACCUCAAUAAAGGAUUUUUCUGUGAAAGUUGCUAUGUCUUGUGAAUAAGCGUUGGGAUUGAGAUGAGGUGCAAUAGCAAUUACCAUAUUCUUUGUGAAAAAGUAAAAAUUAACAUACUAAAAAAGUUUUAAAAAUGAAAAAGUUAAAAAAAAAAUUAUCUUAUUAAAUUUUACCUUCGAUAUAGAGAUGGUAAUUGCAUAGGGCCGUAUCCAAAUCUCAGGUGGAUGUUGAGGCGAGGUUUCAGAUCCGUGUGCUAUAUGUAGUAGUUGAAGUUGCUUUUGUCUUGUGCUGUGCAAUGUAAGGGUUACUCUGUUAUCUCAUAUCUAUUGGAUUUUGGGUUUUAGCUUUUCUGUGUUAUUUGGUAAUUGAAUAAAAAUUUGUUAGUAA